AGUAGUCAUUGUUUUAGACUAGUCUCCUCCCUACCUACUGACUAAUAGCCUAUACUCAUUCCAAAUAUACUCACGGCGACCUAUCUUCCACAUAAAUCCCUUUUUGCCUCGCCUCUGUUCAAGUACUCCACACCCAGGAUACAAUUCCACCACUUGCUCACUCGCCCACUGCCUCACAACCACAAUGGCCGACCCCUCCACUUCACCCCCGCUAACGCGCGCCUCGGUGAUCGAAGCCCACAAGCUCAUCAAGACGUACAUUCACCACACGCCCGUGCUGACCAACGCGUCGUUAACGGAACUAGCAUCAAGACCAAGGGAAGCGGCGAGUUUGGUGGGGACACCCUGGGAGGGGAGAAGACCCGCCCGCCCGGGGAAGUUAAAUCUCUGGUUUAAAUGUGAGAAUUUUCAGAGGGUGGGAGCGUUCAAGGUCCGGGGCGCAUUUCAUGCUAUUGAGAGGUUGAAGAGGGAGACGGGGUGGUUGACAGGGGGCGGAGCGCAGAUGGGGGUUGUUACGCAUAGUAGUGGAAACCAUGCACAAGCCCUCUCUCUGGCGGCUAGAUCAAACGGAAUCCCAGCCUACAUCGUCAUGCCCACCAUCUCCGCACCGUCCAAAAUCGCCGCUACCAAGGGUUACGGCGCCUCCGUCAUCUUCAGCGGCAGCACGUCAGUGGAGCGUGAGGCUGUCGCCGCGAAGGUCAUCGAAGAAACAGGCGCCCGACUCGUCCCGCCCUACGAUCACCCCGACAUCGUGCUCGGACAGGGCACCGUCGGUCUGGAAUUACAGGACGAUGUCGAGGCUCUCAUGGCUGGUGAGGCGGCCGAUAGGGCUACGGGUUCUUCUUCGCCGCCUACAAAGAAGAAAGGGCUAGACGCUAUUCUCGCCCCUUGCGGUGGCGGCGGCUUGCUCUCAGGCGUCGCCCUCUCUUGCGAAGGCACAGAGAUCCGCGUCUUCGGCACCGAGCCGUCGUUCCAAGGUGCCGACGACGCGAAACGGGGGUACGAAUCCGGCACCCGCGUCGAAUCCGUCAGCACACUCACCAUCGCCGACGGUCUGCGCACACCUGUUGGUACAGUGCCCUGGGGGAUAAUCUACGAGCGGAAACUGGUGAGCGGGUUUUACAGCGUGACGGAGACGGAGAUUAAGGAUGCGCUAAGGUUGGUGUUGGAACGGUUCAAGAUUGUGAUUGAGCCCAGCGCCGCGGUGCCGUUGGCGGUUGCGCUGUAUAAUGAGGAGUUUAGGGGGAUGGUGGAACGGGAGGGUGGUGGAGAGGGGUGGGAUGUCGGGAUUGUGUUUAGUGGGGGUAAUGUGAGUUUGGAUGCUUUGGGGAAAUUGUUUGCUGGGGAGAGUUAAGAUGAUGGGGGCGAGUUUGACAGUUUGCUGGUUGGACCUGAGCUAUGCAAAGUAUGUGAGUGACUAUAGAGAGGAUAGAUCUUGGCACCAAAAUAUAUUUAAGCUGUUCUUUUCCAAUACAUGGUAAUGUUCUUGUCAGCAACAAGUCGGCUCAAGUCAGAGCGGCACUUGG